AAUGCAAUCUACGCAAAAAAACGCGUCUAAUGAUGUGCCACAGUUGAAAUUUGAGUGAAGCGUUCGGAGUCAUUCAGGUGCCACUUUAACUUAAAACUUACACAAAAAUGGCUUUGCUGGCCUAAAUUUGCACUUACGAUCGACUUUACCCUUCCUUCAAAUUUCAAGUGUGGCACAUCGCUAUACGCGUUUUUUCGCGUAGAUUGCAUUUCUGAGAUUCGUUUUCCAAAAAUGUUUGCUGGAAAGCCAAAAAUCAGAAAUUUCACUUUUUGAACCUUUUCCCCAUAAGAGAACCAUGCAAAACUUUAAACGCUCUGCGGGAUCGGAAAAUAUUAUCCGAUCUCAAAAAAUUAAAAUGCGUUGAAUUUGUCAUCGGCCAGGGCAACUUUUCCGCACUAUUACGUUUUCAAUUUCCAAAAUCCUUUUCCUACGACCCACUCUAGCCAACACACACAGGAGAGAAGUCAUUCGAGUGCACCGUGUGCAACAAAAGUUUUGCUAGAUCCGACCACCUGCAAAGUCAUCUGCGAACCCACACAGAGAAGCAAUUCGAGUGCUCCGUGUGCACCAAGACUUAUGCUAGAUGGAGUUACGUACGGAUACAUAUGCGAACACACACAGGAGAGAAGCCAUUUCAAUGCACUGUGUGCAACAAAACUUUCGCUUUAUCUGGAACCCUGGAAACUCAUUUGCGUACCCACACAGGAGAGAAGCCAUUCGAGUGCUCCGUGUGCAACAAGACUUUUGCUUUAUCUGCAACCCUGAAAACUCAUUUGCGUACCCACACAGGAGAGAAGCCAUUCGAGUGCUCCGUGUGCAACAAGACUUUUGCUUUAUCUGCAACCCUGAAAACUCAUUUGCGUACCCACACAGGAGAGAAGCCAUUCGAGUGCUCCGUGUGCAACAAGACUUUUGGGAGACACAGCCAGGAGCGAGCUUUUCUGAGGAGAUGUUGCUGCGGUGGUGGAUUGGCUACCUGCUUCCGAGGGUCCACGCAAAGGGAUAGGCGGGACCCAGCCGACCCAUCUCGCUCCUAG